UAUGCCAUCCUAAAAGGAAGGAAAUAUAUAGUCAUACACUGCAUUAGCAUAAUCAGAUAAUAGGAAAAACUUGUGAACAUGGGUCGUGUUAUUUUGUGUGUUUUAUUUGUGAUUUUCGAUUUUGGAUUGUGUUAUAUUAAUCUGGCAGAUAUAGAAUGCGGAGCCCAAAGCUUUAGGAAUGCACGUAUUGUGGGCGGUACGAGUAGUCAGCCAGCUGAGUUCCCAUGGGCUGCCAGCAUCUGGAGACAAGGCACCCAUCAGUGUGGAGCCACAGUCAUAAGUGAUCGUUGGUUGAUCACAGCUGGACAUUGUGUUUGCAAUGUAUUCGAUGCCUUUUAUAAGGCGAAACAGCUAACAGCUGUCGUGGGCUUCACGGACAUAUCAACUUCGGAUAGGAAUGAAGCGUUAUCAAGCAUAGUUCCACAUCCCGACUACAGAUGCAAGAAGAAGACCAACGAUGUUGCCUUACUUAAAACAAUUCGUCAGCUAAUAUGGAGUAGUUCUAUUCGACCUGCAUGUCUACCGCAACCUUUGGAUUCAGACUACAGUGGUCAGUUGGCCACGGUAGCUGGCUGGGGCUUCACUCACGAAGAUAGGGGUAUAGGUGAGAGGCCCAAUGUUCUUCAGAAGACUGACGUUCUAGUUGUUAACAACGAUGUCUGCAACGAUUGGUAUAAAUCGCAAGGUAGCAAAGUUCGGAUAAUUGGUACCCAGAUGUGCGCAGGACAUGAGAGUGGUGGUAGAGAUUCUUGUUGGGCUGACAGCGGCGGCCCCCUUAUGACAAAAAAUGAAAAUGGUCACACUAUGCUCAUAGGAGUUGUUUCAACUGGUAGUGGAUGCGCAAGAGCGAAGAUGCCUGGUAUCUACACAAGAGUAUCUCGAUACACAGAAUGGAUACAGACAAGUGUUAGUGAAGACACAUCACGUUCUAGUUUAAGAUGGUUUUCAAGAACACGUUAGACCUAAAUCUGUUGUAGUUCCACAAAUAGAUGUUGUAUUAUCUACUGGUAAACUUACUGCAAGUUUACCACUCAAAAAACAGCAUCCACCACCCUCCUCCACCUUCAAUGGCCGGCAACGCAAUCACUCUCAUGGGUGUCCAUGGGCUGUGGCCGGCCUCUAGGAUCGUUUUCUACCUGAGCUGGUUAUAUUAUACUCAAUAGCGAUUUCGAUUUCCAUUUAGUCCCUUCAAUUUUCGUAGUGCUUUUGUUUUUUGUCGAUAAGGUUUAUCUAUAAAUAUUACGGUAUUUCAUUCAGGCUAACUCUUUAUAAAUAAGUUUGUGAUAUAUUAGUC